GACUCCCAUCGGCGGUCGACCUUGUGUUCCCGCUUAUCCAAUCCGACCGCCAAACUCGCCUGGAGAGGAAAGCACGAAGCAUGUCUGCGCGAGCCGGCGGCCGGGGUAAGAAGCGGGAUAUCGUCCCUGCGGACACUCAUGGGCAGGAAAGGGGUCAACGACAUGUCCCCAACUUGAAGGCGAAGAGGCUAUCUGACGAAGGCGACGACGACAACGUCUUCACGACGGAGGAAGAGGGAGCAAACGACACCGUGUCGGCACUUCCGGGGAGUGGUCGCCAACGAUCAUCAGAUCAGAGCAUUGCGAGGAGAUUGCUGACGCCUCCACUGGAGACGCAACACAUGCGUGCCCGCUAUAACCCCAAGGCGAAGGAGGUUGUUGUCGACGUCGGCGGUGAGGAUGACGAGCCCUUGGAAAGCUGUCCACAGCGCAAUGCUGUGAUGCACGGUGCCACGACUACGACAAUCAGGGCACGCGGCGCAACUAACGAAAGGCCACCUCAGAGUGGGCUGGCCUCCACGCCAUCUCAGUCACGUCCGCUCAACACGGUUGAUGAGGGAGGCUCAAUAAAACAUGACGGAGGGGGGGAAGUCCAACAAGAAGCGCGGCUGGGGGGGGGGGGGGGGUCGUUGCUGCGGGUUGAUGACAAAGUGUUCUGGACAACGGGGGAGGGGGGAAGACUGUAUAACAUCGUCCACGAAACACGGGAGUACUCUGUCGCCAUCGUCAGCGGUCUGCAAGCGCUUGUCGUCCCUCAGAGCGUCGUCAUGCGAAAAUCCUCCACGAAGCUAACAAGGAUUGUCGAACCCGCACAACUGCCGCAGGUGAUCUCCCGUGUGGCGGCAAUGGAGAAUAUUGCUCUGCCCGUCUUGCAAGGCUGGAUCUUCAAGUCCAGGAACUGCCCCCGAGGAUACAAUCUCGCUUUCCAGUACGCGUUGGAGUCGGUGGCGACGGGCAUUGCGCGUGCCAUGUGGUACGACGAGGAGUGGAGCAACGUCGUGAGUGUGGUCGUUUGCGCGCAGACAAUUGACCUGUCCAUGGACUUGCCACUGCGGUUCACGGGCACGAACAUCGAGGACACAUCGGAGGACGACGACAUGGCGGCGUACCAGGAGUCCACCGUCAUAUGCAUCACGCAUGCAUUCUGCGCCGCGGUGCAAAUGGGUGCGAACGUCGACGGCGGCUUCAUCUCACACGACCGUCUCUCAAGGGUUGAUGGUUGCUUCAGGCUUUUGUUGGCGGCCGGCAUGUGGUUGAUGCGCAUGGCAGGAGACGAUCUGCGUAGCCACUACGAAGCCUUUUACUUUGCGAAGCUGGUCUCGAAGCCCACUCUCGUCGCGUCCAUGCAUCGCUGAUCAGUCAUCCAAGCCACAAACGUC